GCUCUUUCGCUCUUUCGCUCUUCUAAAAUAUUCGAUCCCUUCUCAGAGAUUCAAACGCACCCAUCCACAACUUCAAUUCGUUGCCUUAUUUUCCCUCUUCACGUGAGAGAACAAUAGGAAGCUAUCUCGAAGCUUCAUUUCUCUCUCUCUCUUCCAGAAUUUCUCCUUCUGCUGAUCCACCAGAAUUCAUGGGUUCCCCCUUCAAUCCAACGGUUCAAAACUCAACUACCUUUUACCUCUUCGAUCACCGAAAUUGAAUCGCCGAGAUCCAACGGUUCACGCUCUCUCUGGAAACGUUUAUUCGUUUGAUUCCAGUAAGAGAAAGAGGAAAAUGAGGGUGGCCAAGUCUCAGGUGUGGCAGCCUUGCAAGAAGAAGAGGAUUUGAUAAUCAAUAUAGAGAGAGAAAGUUAACGACUCUAGAGAGAGAAAGCGAAGGACUCUGAGAAGAGAGAGAAAAAAGGAGAGAGAAAAUUAUGACGUCACGUUCGGCGCACGGUGGCAGUAGCAGCAGCAGUAGCAGGACCCGUGUGGGGAAGUACGAACUGGGUCGGACCCUGGGCGAGGGUAAUUUCGCCAAAGUUAAGUUUGCGAGACACGUUGAAACUGGAGAGAACGUCGCUAUCAAGAUUCUCGACAAGGAAAAAGUUUUCAGGCACAAAAUAAUUGGCCAGAUAAAACGAGAGAUAUCAACAAUGAAACUGAUUAGACACCCAAAUGUGAUACGUAAUGGCUAGCAAGACAAAGAUAUACAUUGUAUUAGAAUUUGUAACUGGAGGGGAGCUAUUUGAUAAAAUUGCACGCAGCGCGAGGUUGAAAGAAGAUGAAGCAAGAAAAUAUUUUCAACAGCUUAUAUGUGCUGUGGAUUACUGUCAUAGUAGAGGUGUUUUUCAUAGAGACCUAAAGCCUGAAAAUUUGUUGCUGGAUGCUAAUGGAGUGCUUAAAGUAUCAGAUUUUGGAUUGAGUGCUUUGCCUCAACAAGUUCGGGAAGAUGGGCUGCUUCACACAACAUGUGGUACGCCAAAUUAUGUUGCUCCAGAGGUGAUUCACAACAAAGGCUAUGAUGGUGCAAAAGCAGAUCUCUGGUCAUGUGGUGUUAUUCUUUUCGUUUUAAUGGCUGGCUAUUUACCCUUCGAAGAAAACAAUCUUAUGGCUUUAUAUAAAAAGAUUUUCAAGGCUGAGUUCACGUGUCCUCCAUGGUUCUCUUCAAGUGCAAAGAAACUAAUCAAUAAGAUCCUUGAUCCAAAUCCUGCCACUAGGAUUACAAUUGCUGAGGUCAUUCAGAAUGACUGGUUCAAGAAAGGAUAUAAGCCUCCUGUAUUUGAACAGGCUAAUGUCAGUCUUGAUGAUAUAAAUUCUGUUUUCGGUGAAUCUUUGGAUUCACAAAAUCUUGUUGUUGAGAGACGUGAAGAGGGGCCUGUGGCACCAGUGACCUUGAAUGCAUUUGAACUAAUCGCUAAAUCUCAGGGUCUCAAUCUUGGUAGUCUUUUUGAGAAACAAAUGGGACUUGUUAAAAGGGAAACAAGAUUCACAUCCAAAUGUUCAGCAAAUGAAAUAAUUUCAAAAAUCGAGCAAGCUGCAGGACCCCUUGGUUUUGAUGUUAAGAAGAACAACUGUAAGUUAAAGAUUCAAGGGGAAAAGAGUGGACGGAAAGGUCAUCUAUCUGUAGCCACUGAGAUCUUAGAGGUGGCCCCUUCAUUAUACAUGGUUGAGUUGCGUAAGUCUGAAGGAGAUACUCUGGAAUUUCACAAGUUCUACAAAAAUCUUUCUACUGGGCUGAAGGAUAUUGUUUGGAAAGCUGACCCUAUAGAUGAAGAUAAAGAUGGUUGUCUAUGACAAUGGACUCUGGUACCCCAAAUUGAGUAAAGAUGCCCCAUAAGUGACCUUUUUAGAUGUGUUAUAAGAAAUGGUGUCUAAAGGCUUUGCUUCAAUCUAUUAGGUGAAUUAAUCAACUGCCAUGACCAAGAACUUUAGCUGACCUAGAGCCAUGGGGAAGGAUCCCAAAAUGUUCAUUUCCUAACUAUAAUCAAAUGCCAUGAACAAAAACUUUAUCUGACCUAGAUCCAUGGGGAAGGAUCCCAAAAUGUCCAUCACCUGACUAAAGAAUGUCCUGGGAAUAAAGAUGGUGGAUGGCUUCUUUUGGGGUGCCACAUAGGUGUCACCAACACAUCACAUUUCUGGAUGUGUUGUAUAUUGGGUCUUUUCCAACUAGUAAUAGCCAACAUGUAAUGCCUUCUUUGCUAGAGCUUUUCUGCCUUCGUGUUGUCUGCAACUCUUGUAGUGGAUUUUAGCCAACCUGUAAAGAUCGUCGCCCGCACUACUCCACUCGAGGAAGGGGCAUGAGAAUCUUCAUCGGUAAAGUCGACGUUGGACACUAUUCCAUACCUCAUUCCAAGUUAUCUUACUUCCUUUCAAUCUUCGGGAAGAACUCUUUCCUUAAGGAAACCAAGGAAAGUUGUAAAUCACGUGUUCUUGUUUGAGAUGGUGAGCAUGGGAGUGUCUUUAUAUACUUGGUGUAGUGAUGAUGUCUUGAAUGUGAAACAACUGUUUCCUUGCCGCAUAGUACCCACUAGUUUGGAAAGUAUGUCUACAUGGGCAUUGUGUUCUCUAGGUACAUGCUGAACCCAUGAAGAAGUGUUUUGACAAUUGCUUAACCUUGGCCCAGUACUUCUGAAGGAGUUCUCUGGCCUAAUAAUGUUCUCACACCUAGGAGAUCAUCAACCAAGAGGCAGUGCAGAGCAUGAUGAAAGUAGUCCUUAGAUCCCUGGCCACUGUUAGCCUAACUAAGCAUACUUUGUACUCAGCCUGCUUGUUUGAGGUAGGGAGCCUGAAUUUCUACAAAUGCUUGAUGGCUGGCACAUCCUUAUUUUAAAAUAUGACUUCAACUAGGGAUGGAUGCAAGGAAGGGCGUGAGUGGGUCCCAUCCCCUUUUUUCCUCAUUUUUUUUUAAAAGUAAAGUUUUUAAAAAGAUUAUAGUCUUGUAUCUAUUAAUAUAUCUAUGUAAAAGUGAAAUAAAGGACAUUCUAUGUUUUAGAAUAUCGGUGAAAAAAUUAUAUUGUAAUUAUUUAUACUAUUAUAUAUGUAAAGGUAAAUAAAGUAAGGACAUUUAUAAAUAAUAAUCGUCCUGUGUGGUACUUGUGU